AAAACCAGCUAGCAAGUAUUUGUACCAUCCAUUUCCCUAAAUUACCACCUACCAAACAUCCAGGGAGUUGAGGCUGGGAGUCAACUCUCUCUAUCCUCCCUGCCUCCAUCUCUAUCACAGCAGAAGGGGUCCAGUAAAGGUUCACUCACAAGAAGAUGCUAGGACCUUAGAGUAUAUGCAGCAAGUGAUAUUUACCUUUUCUUUGGGCUUCUCAGAACAGCAACCAGAAAGUACAGUGGAGAUUGAUGCUGCCUCUUCUCAUAUACAGUAGCAACAUAUUUUUGGAGCUGAAGACCUCUCACUCCGCUUCCACUUUUGCUGCCCCUAUUCUGCCAUGAGUUUAGCUGCAGCUGAAGGAAGCCUUCUUGAUUCUGCAUCCAUCUUUUCCUUGGCUCUAGUUUCUGAUCUUGUACCUGAAACUACUUCUGGUCUCUUUUACAAGACUCAUCCCACCUCCACUGAUGACCAAAGAUGCUUCUCUCCUAUCAGAAUUCACACGGUUUGGUUGACACCAUCAUGCCAACAGCUAAAUAUCCCAGGAUUUAUGGACAAAUUGAAAAGGAGAUGGAAACAUGUCCACUAAUGACAGAGGAGAUCUUUGCUGCCCCCAUUACACGGGACAAAUGGAUCAGAGGGUUACAAAACAAAGUGUUUUGUGAGGGCAACAAGGCUACGAAAGCAUCUAGUUCUUUUGGACCAGGAGGUCUCAGCAUUUCACAGAACACCAUUCACUCAUACUGCCAUAUAAGUAUUCCUCAAGCCAAUGAGGGUCUCAGUGCUCAGAACAUUUUCAGGGGGCUCUGCCUGCUGCCUGCCCAUAGGAAGCUUUGGGGAACCUGCCUUCAGAAACCCAAGUAGAUAAGGAAUUGAAAAGCCGGGCUUUUUAUUGGAGGGCAUGUGCAAGUACUGUAUAAUGCUUUUCUAUUCUGUUUACUUUGUGACAAAGAAAAGGUCUUUUGGUUGACUGAUGAGGCAAAAAUAAAAAUAGAUACAAAAAAAACUUCAAUUGAGAAACUAGCUCUUUUUCCUUCCUGAUAGUCAUUAAAUUAGGAUAGAGUAAGGAAUGACAACUCUUGAGUUCUGAAAGGUUUUGGUAGGUUACUAGUUGUCUUUCCUUCUAACCAAUCAGUUCCUGAGCUCACUCUCCUAGGUAAACUUGUGUCUGGAUGAGAUACCUCUUGUUGGCGUCUUCUUUCCUUUGGUACAAGACCUUAUGAAAUCUUGAAAGGAUAAAAUAGCCACCAAGUCUUGUGGCUGAGUUUGGGAAAGAGCCAGGUAUGAGGGAUGAGCUGCUUGACACCCAGCCCAGCGGUGGAUUAACCUGACAGCUGAGAAAUUCAUGCAAGCAAGGGACCAGUCUAUCGGUUAUGAAGCACAUGAAACAACUCACUGGUGGGAAGAAUGUUUUUAGAUGCCAUUUUAAGUUUGAGCCCACUCUCCCCAAGGACUAAAAAUAUAGAGGAGAGAGUAUGUCCAGGUUUAGAGGAACUUUUUUGUACUUUGUUCUUACUAUAUAUAACCUUUCAGUAAAUAUGCCUUUGCAACAACUAAUUGAUGUCAGUUGGUUAAUCAAUAUUGAGAAAAUAGUUAAAUUGAUAGUGGGGAGCACUAAUCACUAGUCUUGAUGAUAUUGAGAUAUUAAAUGGCACUAGCAAAGCAUAUAAUGGGCAAAAUAUACUUGUAUGGAGGUUCAAACUUAAAGCAUUAGAGAAAAAUCUUAUAAACUCUUUGGAUUCCUUCUAGAAUCCUGAGGGAAAUAUAGAGAACAAGCUCUGGGACCCUAAAUUUGUUAGUAUGCCUCAUCGAGAGUAAUUCUCAGAGUUUCCCUGUUAUUCCAGUAUAUAUUAUUGUCUCCUAAUAGAAACAUAAGGCAAGCCCAUCCUAGAAUGAUGGUUUAUUCAGGAGACCAUGUGCUCAUGAGCUAGCUCCAUGGAAGGAAGGACACCUAACCUCCUCAGCCCCCAAUCUCCAAUUCCCCCCACUCCCAGUCUUCCAGAUCUCAGAGUCAACCUUAUGCUAAGUGGUGUCCACAAGAAGGAAAGACGACAUUUCAUCACAGGGAUACUUGCAGCUUUUUUGGGGUCCAAAAUGUGGAAGAGGAACAAGAGAAUGAGGACACAGAAAAGGAGAAGGAGGCUAAAGAUGAAGAAGAGGAGGUGGAAGAAGAUAAAGAGGAGCAGGAAAAGGAGGAAAAGAAAAAGGAAGAGGAGGAGGAAGAGAGAGAAAGUAGAGCAAAAUGAGGAGGAAGAAGAGGAAAAGGAAGAAGAGGAAGAAGAGGGGGGAGAAGAAGAACAAGAUGAGGAAGAGGAGGAGGAAGAGGAAAAAGAGGAGGAAGGUGAAGAGGAGGAGGAAGAGGAAGAGGAGGAAGAGGAGGAAGCAGAAAAAGAGAAAGGGAGAAAUAUCCAGCAGAAAGAAGAGUCAGCUUUUUUUUUCCCAAAACUUAUCAGCAAGGAUGACUUAACCCAUCCAUCGAGUUGGAUAUCUACCCUACUUUAAAAAGUGCUUCAAUAAAAGGAAAUCUCACAAUA